CGGGGUUCAGCGCUCGGGUGAGGAGCUGGUGGCGCCGGCAGGUUCCAGGCGAUUCGAGGUCCAGCUAGGAUGAUCGAGGUUGUUUGCAACGACCGUCUGGGGAAGAAGGUCCGCGUUAAAUGCAACACGGAUGAUACCAUCGGGGACCUUAAGAAGCUGAUUGCAGCCCAAACUGUCACCCGUUGGAACAAGAUUGUCCUGAAGAAAUGGUACACGAUUUUUAAGGACCACGUGUCUCUGGGGGACUAUGAAAUCCACGAUGGGAUGAACCUGGAGCUUUAUUAUCAAUAGAUGAGAAU